AUGUCACCCAAAUCUCCAACAAGGCGCAACAAGGCGCGGCCGUCGCGGGGCGGAAGACCGAGUGUUGAAAGCAGGAGGGACUCGGGCAAGCGACUUGGACAAGCAGGACCUGCUCCAGACCGCGCGAAGAAGCGCUACAAGCCUGGCACCGUCGCUCUCCGGGAGAUCAAGCGCUACCAAAAGUCGACCGACCUGCUCUUGUUAAAACUCCCCUUUCAGCGCCUCGCAAUCACAACCGAGGACGGCCCCAAUAGGUGGCAGAGUCAAGCCAUUGUAGCCCUCCAGGAAGCCACAGAAGCCUUCCUCGUGAACCUCUUCCACGACGCAAACCUUUGCGCUAUCCACGCCAAGCGCGUCACCAUACAACAGAAAGACAUACAGCUCGCUCGUCGUCUGCGCGCAGCUUGGGGUGCGCCUGUCUAA